AUGAACCCAUCCGAAUUCUACAGUGGAACCGACCCUGCUAUAGCCGAAGAAUGGAUCAAAUCUCUCGAAGUCAUAUACGACUAUAUGCAAAUGACCGACCGCGACCGCGUGCAUUGUGCCAUAUUCCUACUCCGAAACGAAGCUCGUCACUGGUGGGAAGGAAUCAAAGAAGGAACGAACCUCGAGACUCUACCAUGGACCGAUUUCAAGGUCCAAUUCUUCGAAAAAUAUUUCUCAAAAGACGUGCGAGCCCACAAACUCAAAGAAUUUCUCGAACUCCGCCAAGGCGACUUACCAAUGAUCGAGUACAUCUGUCGUUUCGAACGUGGCUGCCUCUACGCCCCAUUCACCGCUCGAGACGCCGAAGAAAAGAAGAACCAUUUCAUUCGUGGCCUCCAACCCGAAAUCCGUAGAUACAUCCGUAUGUCCGACGCCUUGACUUUCCGCCAACUCGUAGACAAAGCACUCAUGGCUGCCCAAGACGAGGGAGAAAUUCAAAACAAACGCCGAGCAACACCAAAUUUCCAACGCCCGUGGAAAAUUAAAAGAACAACUUUGGCAACCGCCCAUUCCGAGGAAAGGGAACGCAGCCCAUCCGCCAACCAACCGGACCACCGCAACCGCCACCAAGGCCAACCUGCCCAAAAUGUGGAAAGAGUCACUCCGGAGGAUGCAUACAAGGAACGAGAAGUUGCUUCCGAUGCCAUCAACCCAGACACAUGGUAA